UCAAGCCUUCAUUUUCCCUCUCAAAAACCAAUCAUCUUCUCUGACGGUCUCCUUCAUCAUUCAUCAAACACAAACACAAACACAGUGCCGAAAAACAAGAAACUGAAUUUCAUAAUAAUGGCGAAUUGUACUUGUUCACAUUGGUGGCACGCCCCUUUCUACUUUUCCAUGUCUAUAGUUCUUUGUUGUAUCGCAAUCACAACAAUGAAGAAUUCAGCGCCCAAGAAUCCCCUCCAACCGGGCCACACCAUCAAGCACGAUCUUGCCCUGAACGCCUCACGGGCCCUGAGAAUCCAUGGCUUCAACGCCAUAGCCACCCUUCUUCAAAUCUCCCCCGAACUCUUCCUCUCUGGGCCAGAAUCGACUAUCUUUGCAAUCCAAGAUUCUGCCAUGUCUAAUGUUUCUGUCCCGCCUUGGGUGAUGAAACAACUUCUGCAGUACCACACCAGCCCCUCGAAGCUGCCAAUGCAAGAAUUGAUGAAGAAGCCCCAUGGAAGUUGCUUGACGACCCUGGUUUAUGACAAGAAUUUGAUGAUCACGACAAAGAAUGAUACAAAAAGGGGCUCAAUUGAGAUCAACAGUGUGUUGAUUUCUCAUCCUGAUAUAUUUCUUGAAGGGCCCGUUUCAGUACAUGGUGUUCUUCGGCCUUUCUCUGAUAUUGAUCAAGAUUGGAAUUUCAUUCAAUCUCCUGUGUGCAAUUCUAAUCAGACACUAGUUUCGAAUCCUAAUGAAAGAAGGAAUAUGGUCGAAUGGGCCCGAAUAGUCCAACUGUUGAGCUCUAAUGGGUUCGUUUCCUUUGCCAUUGGGUUGCAUUCUGUUCUCAAUGGAAUUAUUCAAGAUUAUCCAGAUUUAGGUUCUGUUACAAUCUUUGCUCCACCGAAUUCGGGCUUCAUAUCGUCCCCUUGGCCACUGCUGUACAAAAUUGUCAGAAGUCAUAUUCUGCAUAACAGGUUUACUUACUUGGAUUUGACUUCAUUGCCUAAGAAUAAUUCUCUGAGGAAUCUGGUUCCCGGUGAACAUCUACAGAUUAGUAAAAAUAAACUUUCACGACUUCUUGUUGUUAACGGAGUGGAAAUCACUUUGCCGGAUAUCCUUUCGUCCCAGAAGUUUGUGAUCCAUGGAAUUUCAAGAGCUUUUGAAGUACAUUCAGAUGGGUUCAUUUCUUGAAUCAAUAGAAACAGCCUAGUGUAUUUUGGUAGAUUUUCCCGACGUAAUAUGUCCAUAAACAGUAAAUUCUAAGAGGGACAUUCAGUACUAAUCCGCUUAUCAAGAGCAAAUAGUUUCUGUGGCAGUAAGGAAUUUUCUCAGAACGGUUCAUCAUCAAGUUGUAUUGGAGAACAACAUACUUGUCAU